AAGUCAGGACGGGGCAGGAAACACAGUGGGAGAGGAAGUAGAGCAGGUGAACAGCUUUCUCUCCAGGGCAGCUCUGGUCACAAAAUACAUGACAAAAUCAGGAAGAGUGAACAUGCUUACUCAACAGGCCAUGGGAUGGAACAGAAGGAAGAGGGACAACCUUCAUCAAGUUUUAGCACACAGAUAUGUCAAAAUCACAGAGAGGGCAAAGGUGGAAGCUGCCAGCUUCAGCGACUUCAAAAAGGAGCACAACCUUGAUCAGGAGACCUUACAGCAGUGGGUGUAUGAUGUCAGGCAAUGGGCGGUCACAGAGAGAGUUUACGCCCCAGGGUGUACUGAAGGACUAAGGGUGGAUAUUGAGAACAUCACCGUCACUCUUUUGCGCAGGAAGCAAGAUCUGUAUCGUCAGCAUGACAGCAACCAGGCAAGGCAAAGAAAGAGGAAGAGAAUGAGAGAGCUGAAAAAGAAGCUUCGCGAAAAAGUUGUGCAAUACAACACCGGAGUGCAGGAAGAACAGAUUGACGAGGAGUUGGCUUGCAGUCUGACAGAGGUCUACACCCUACCAUGGGAGAGGCAUGCAAAUGGCAACACCUUCAGGUUGAAGAGGUCUGUCUUUGAGCAGGUAAUGCUGGUCAGACGUUUGGAGGAGGAGCAGAGCAUCCUGGUGAAAGAGAUGUCGCAGCACAUCAUGUUCCUUCUGAAGGAAGUGGAAGCACUGAGAGGACAGACUUUGGAGGGCAUCAAAACCAGCAAUUUCGGUGACCUGACAGAGGAUGCUGCACAUGGGCUCAAGAGUGUCCUCAGUCGGAGGUGGCACUUCCUCAAAAGCCAACACAAACAGGCUGUACAUGCGUACAGCGGUGUAGCCGCUUUGGAAUGCCAUGAUCUUCAAUUACAGCAGGACAUUGAGGAGUCGGAUGACAAUGACUACACUAGCCCUGAGUCUGAGGAAGAAGACCUGUAAAGGUUUCUGCCAAGCAACACAGAGGCACUGGAGAGCUCUUUCACAAGAGAAGUGUCACGUCCACACGCUGGCGCACGCCAUAAUAAAGGCCUACAAAAUAAAGACAUUUUAAAACACUAUAUAUGAGAACAAUAUGAAACUAUGCACUUGUUUCGCCCGACUGAGUUCAUAAUAAUGUGAAAAUGUGUUUAUAUUUUGUACUUCCGUUUAUUUAAAGCGCUUUGACUUGCUGAUGUGUAUGAAAAUAAAUUGCCUUGCCUUUAUAUUAAACUGCCUCUUAUUACUCAAACAAGUGCUAUACAA